CAGCAAACCCAGUGGCCGAGCUCGAGGCUGAGCUCAGGCUCCUGCGUUCAAUGCCAACACUACCAUCCGUCGACCCACCGGUCAACACCAUAUCGACAACGUCAGUGUCAGUUUCGUAUACGUCGGAGAUGGUCACUACGCUCCUUCAUUUGCGGUUCACCGUGUACCGGGCGCCAUUCAACCGACACAACUCGACGAAGCAGCUGGGCGUCUUGUGGUCGAAGCUUGCGCUUCAGUUUAAUAUUGUCUUCGACUCAAACCCAAAGUGGAUUCGCUCAAGAACAAGAUCCGUGCGUUGCGGUCCGACUACGUCAAGAUCAAGAAUGCUGAAACGGCGACGGGCAACGAGGUGCAGCCUAAAAAGCCGGACUACUUCGAUGAGAUGUUAUUCGCGUUUUCGGACAUGAAUGGGCCGGGCGAAAUCGAGUUUGGUCGUGAAACCCAAGCAAACGAAAGCGUCAGCGACGAAGGUACAUUUUACACACUAUGACGAAGUCAUUUAUUGC